AUGCUUAGUAAUCCAUAUACUGUCGAUACGACUAUAAAAAUUAUUUGUGGCAGCACCAUCACUAUUUGCAGGCAGCAGCGGCAGGUAGAACAACAACAACAACCAAGGCGGAAAAUCAUCAUGUGCAGGCAGCGGUCGGCAGGCACAACAACAACAAAGGCAGAACCAUCACGAUUCGCAGGCAGGGGCAGCAGGCAGAACAACAUCCAAGGCAGAACCAUAACGCUUCGGAGGCAGUGGCGGCAGGCACAAAAUAAACAUCAACCAAGGCAGAACCAUCACGAUUCACAGGCAGGGGCGGCAGGCACAACAACAACAACAACAACCAAGGCAGAACAUCCCCUGCGCAGGAAGGGGCGGCAAGCAAAACAACAACAACAAAGGCGGAACCAUCACGAUUCGCAGGCAGGGGCAGCAGGCAGAACAAUAUCCAAGGCAGAAUCAUCACGAUUUGCAGGCAGGGGCGGCAGGCACAACAACAACAACAACCAAGGCGGAACAUCACCCUGCGCAGCCAGGGGCGGCAGGCACAACAACAACAACAACAACCAAGGUGGAACCAUAACGCUUCUCAGGCAGCAGUGGCAGGCAGAAUAACAAUAAAAACCAAGGCAGAACCAUCACGAUUCGCAGGCAGGGGUGCGCAGGCACAACAACAACCACGGCGGAACCAUCACGAUUCGCAGGCAGCGGCAGCAGGCAGAACAACAUCCAAGGCAGAAUCAUCACGAUUUGCAGGCAGGGGCGGCAGGCACAUCAACAACAACAACAACCAAGGCAGAACCAUCACGAUUCGCAGGAAGAGGCGGUAGGCACAACAACAACAACAACCAAGGUGGAACCAUAACGCUUCGCAGGCAGCAGCGGCAGGCAGAACAACAAUAA